UGAUGAUCAGUUUAGCCCCACCAAUGCCACCUGUCAGUGUACAUCAAUGCCAGCUGUCAGUGCUCAUCAAUGCCACCUGCCAGUGCCCAUCAGUGCCACAUCAAUGCCACACAUCAGUGCCUACCAGUGCACACCAAUGCCACAUAUCAGUGCGCAUCUGAGCUGCCUUUCAGUGUCAAUUAUCAGUGCCAGUCAGUGCCACCUAUCAAUGCCAUCAGUGCCAUCUAUCAGUGCCAGUCAGUGCCGCCUAUCAGUGCGCAUCCGUGCACCCUAUCAGUGCCCGUCAGUGCUGCCUAUCAAUGCCGCCUAACCGUGCCAGUCAGUUCCGCCUAUCAGUGCCAGUCAGUGCUGCCUAUGAGUGCCAGUCAGUGCCGCCUAUCAGUUCCACCUAUCAGUACAAUAUAUGAGUGCUGCUUUUCAGUGCCCAUCAGUGAUGCCUGUCAAUGCCCAUCAGUGCCACCUAUCAGUGCCCAUCAG